GGGAGGGAAGGGCUCAAGGCAGGCACCUGUGGACGAGGGUUAAGGUCUCUUGUAAGAAAGUGUUUGGGGCAAGAGUGUAACAGACAUCAGUUUGGUAUUAGAAAAGAUCCCCACCCAGUAUCCCAGCUUGAUGCAUCUUAAUUUCUGAUUUUACAAAUACUGAUCCUAACUGACAAGCAUUUGUAUGUUAUCAUCUACUUAACUAUAUUUUUUCCAUAACACUCAUGUUUCAGAUUAAACUCUUUGCAUGAUAUGGAUUAAAAAAAUGAAAAAACCUGCAGGAGCAGUGUAGACCUUUAUUUAGGAAGAAAAGGGAUAUAGAAAUGAUUCAUCCACGAAUUGACACAGGAAUCACUUAAUGCUUUCCUUUAACCUUUAGUUUUAAUUUGGCUUUAACCUUUAGUUUUAGGUUUAGUUGUGCCUUCCAGUAACUCUAAUGACAGAGAAGCUAUAAUGGAUUUAAGUUCAGUUCUUGCAAGAGGUGAAUAUUGCACAGAAAAGCAUUUCUUGAUAUAAAAGGUGGAAAGAACAAAUUGAAGACUUCUUUCAUAACCAAAUGUAAUGAAAAUGCAUUGUCAGAUUUACACCUGCCUACCUCAGAGGCAUUGAUGUUACCUGUUUCUGAAAUGGAUUGCUGAUUCAAAAAAAAAAAAAAAACCACCCCAAAUCUCAAUAUAUACAAAAAUUUCCUAACCUCCUCCUCUCCUUUGAAUUGUGAUGUUAUAAUUUGCAGAGUAAGAUAGAAAUGUAUCUAUUAAGGAAAUUGUAAACAUACUUAAGAUUUUGUCACUAAGGGAGCUUCAGGCAGAGUGAUUCUUUUUUCUAAAAUGACAGUAUGAAGUUCCUUGGAGUGUUCCCAUUGGUACCAAUCAACUUUCCCACACCUUUUUUCCUUCUCUCUCUCUCCUCAAGUAGUGUAGUUGCUUAACUACAGUAGUUCAAAAGAGAGGCAGUUUGGUUUAUCAUUGGUAUUCUGGUUUCUCCUUUUAUGGGGGCUCAUCAUGUGGGUAAUGUGGCCACACUUAGCUAUUUAGACAUUCCUGUUGAGCUUUGCCUCCCCCUUAAGGAGCAUGAGAAGUGGAGCUGAGGGACCACAGAGGUGAUCUCUCUGGGCUACAUACUGAAGGAGUCACAGAACUUUCUUUUGCAGAGGUAGAGGCCCGGGUGUACAAUAGAACAGGGGGCUCUGUGGCCCUGGGUUACUGCAGCUCAGUCUUCUGAUCAGUGAUCAGUGUAUUUCUUAUUUAGGAGUUUUACUCUUAAUGCAACUGUAUGAAAAUUAUAGAGGAUAGAAUCAUGAUUCUUUAUGUCAACAAAAAGUAGUCGAUAUAAGGAACUGGUAUCAGUUCAAAAAAAUAAACACUAGAUUGAAAAUAGAUAACUGGAUUCUGCUGUCUUCCUCUGAUAUUGAAAAAGAUAAAUAACUUAUUCACGAGUCUUUUCUCUGGACCUGGUGUAAUAUGUGUUUCCUAGGGCUGCUCUAUGGAUAAGAUAACCUAUGUGAAAUGUUCUGAACUCCUUAGGGAAUGAUGUCAAAGCAAUAAAACACACUACUGUUAUUAUAGCAAAGAUAGUGAGGAGGAAGAGACAGAUCUACAUUUUCUUCCUUAAUCUUCUAAUGUUUUCAGAUACUGGUGUGUCCUUUGAGUCCCUCCCUACUCCUUAGGUUAGAGUGGUAGGAGGUUCCAUGCUUGUGUGCAGGAAGAAUGCCUUCUACCCGAUGAAACUGUGUUCAUCAGGAAGGCCUUUGUAGGCACCACCCUAUCAGUAAGGGGUGACUGUGACACCCAGUGUGUUGUGCUAGGAGAGCACAGGAUCUGCAGACAGAAGAAGGCGUCUCUCUCUCCUCUGCAGGACGAGGAGGAGUAGCCAUGGACUGUGUGCCCCUUCACAGCUUGCCUAUUCCUUCACAGAAGAUACCGCCCGGUGCCCAGGCUCCUCUGAUCACCCUCUAUGAGAAAGAAGAGUGAAUCCAAAGAGGCUAGUGCUUCCUACCAAACUCGUGAAGUCCAGUUGACUGGGGAUAGCUUUCAGAGGAGUCCAGCAUUGUGAACGUGGUUGUUCCUCAUUCCGUCAGCCAUGUCCUUCAGUGCCACCAUUCUCUUCUCCCCUCCCAGUGGCAGUGAGGCCAGAUGCUGCUGCUGUGCCUGUAAGAGCGAGACUAGUGGGGGCAGCACAGGCUCUCAGAGCGGGAAUCCUCCUCCUGGGACCCCUAUCACAGUAACCGGACAUGGCCUGGCAGUUCAAAGUUCAGAGCAGCUCCUGCAUAUUAUCUACCAGCGGGUGGAUAAGGCAGUGGGUCUGGCUGAGGCUGCUCUGGGUCUUGCCAGGGCCAACAAUGAAUUGUUAAAACGUCUCCAGGAGGAAGUGGGUGAGUUGAGGCAAGGGCAAGUGUCCGCCCCUGAUGAAGAUGGGGACAGCCGGGCACAUGGUUCACCACUUGAGGAGCCUGGGUCUCUCAAAGAGAGUCCUGGGGAAGCCUGCAAGGCUGUGCCUGCCAUGGAAGAGGAAUGUGACAGCGUGGGCAGCGGUGUGCAGGUGGUGAUCGAGCAGCAGCUGGGAGCAGCCCUGGCUGUAGGGCCUGGGCCUUUGGGUUUCCCAGCCGCUCAGAGAGAUAUGCGGCUCCCAGGAUGUGCCCUGACUGCCAAUGAGGGGACCUCGAUGCUCACUCCUCUGGUGGAUGAUUAUGUGGCCUCUGAGGGUGCAGUACAGCGAGUGCUGGUCUCUGCUUAUGCCAAACAGCUCUCACCAGCCACACAACUGGCUAUCCAGCGGGCAACCUCAGAGACAGGGCCAGAAAAUGGAACCAAGCUGCCACUGCCUCGCCCUGAGGACAUGCUCAGUGCUGCCGCUGCGCUGGAAGGUGCCUUGGAAGAGUCAGGCCCAGGGGGAACUGGGGAGCUGAGACACUCUCUAGGGUUUACUGCUUCCCCAUGCAGGACCAGAGGGAGUGGGCAGAAGAACUCCAGGCGCAAGCGGGAUCUGGUACUCUCUAAAUUGGUCCAUAAUGUGCAUAACCACAUCACCAACGACAAGAGAUUCAAUGGGUCUGAAAGCAUCAAAUCCUCAUGGAAUAUUUCAGUAGUGAAGUUCCUUCUGGAAAAGCUCAAGCAGGAGCUGAUGACCAGUCCCCACAAUUAUACUGAUAAGGAGCUGAAAGGAGCCUGUGUAGCCUACUUCCUUACUAAGAGGCGUGAGUACCGCAACUCCCUGAACCCCUUUAAAGGCCUGAAGGAAAAAGAGGAGAAGAAACUUCGAAGUCGCAGAUACCGGCUUUUUGCCAACCGAUCCAGUAUCAUGAGACAUUUUGGACCUGAGGACCAAUGCCUGUGGAAGGACGUGACAGAAGAGCUGAUGUCAGAUGAAGAGGACAGUCUUAAUGAGCCAGGUGUCUGGGUAGCCCGGCCUCCCCGUUUCCGGGCCCAGCGCCUCACGGAGCUCUGCUACCAUCUGGAUGCCAACUCUAAGCAUGGCACUAAAGCCAACCGUGUGUAUGGGCCUCCCUCAGACCGAUUACCUUCUGCUGAGGCCCAGCUCCUUCCACCAGAACUUUAUAAUCCUAAUUUCCAAGAAGAGGAAGAUGAAGGAGGUGAUGGAAAUGGACCAGUCUCCCUGUCUUUUGACCAAUCCCAUAAAACCUGCUGUCCUGACUUGAACUCAUUCAUUGAAAUCAAGGUGGAAAAGGAUGAGUGAAUUCUAUAAUCAAGAGUAGCUGUGGCUUCUGCCACUCCCCAUGUCCCAGAAACAGGUGGCUAUGGGGCUUCCCAGAAUAAUGAGAUGUCCUCUGCAGUCUGAGAAAGCAAUUCUGUCUCUUUUCUUACACAGUCCCUGCAGGAAGUGGAAGAUGGCAGCUCUGGUAGAAUAAAAGGACUUAUCUGAAACUCCCUGCUUUGUGAAUGGCAAGCCAGAAAAUUCCUAAGCAUAAACAGUGCCUCAGAAGAGCCUGGGAUGAGAGAAGGACGAGGAUGGAUCUAAGAAACAUGAGACCUUCUUGACAUGCCCUGGUCUCUGAGGUUAUUUUUGUUGUUGUUAUUUUUUUGGUUUCACUCAAAGCUCUAGGGAAGCAGCUCCCAUUGCACCUUCACCUUCCAGGGACUGCUGGUCUUGCUCUGCAGUGGAAGCAGCACAGGACCAGUUCAGGGUAAUACUGCCACCCGGUGGGCAGUUUCAGUCAUGGGCUUGAUUCUUCUGAGCUGAACAGGGAGGGGCUCCAUCCCUUUUUGGGAUUUAGGAUAUAGAUGUAAUAGCUUUAUUGAAUGAUACAAAGUAGAUUUUAUUAUUUGCAUCUUAUACAUGAGGGAGUAAGGCUUAGCGUUCCCAUGCCCCACUGGCACCUGCUCUCCCACUGUGUGACCAAACAGUAUAUAGGACUCUGUAGUUACUUCUUAGUCCUAUCAGCCAAGGCGUAUUUUGAGGAAGGGAUGUGUGUGCGUGUGUGUGCACAUGUGUACACACAUA